GCGACAUCUUACGACGUACCGAGGAACCGCGUGUCCGCGUAUCCAGUCGCCGGUCGGUAAUGUAGAGCGCCACGCGGCAGCGGGGCGCCUUGUAAACAUUGGAAGAGGUUAAGUCCUAAAAAUCUAUUCGUUAUCGCAUUUCCGUCCGUGUCACGGUAAUCUAAAGGGUUUCCGAAGGAUCGUCUUGCAAUAAAUUAAGUGAGCCUGGGCGUAAGAGGUAAAAGUAGGAAGUAUAAGGAAGAAGAAUGGAUGGAUCGUCGUGCAUCGUACCUAAUUGUAAAAAUACAAACUGCGAUGCGAGAAAAACGGCGGCGCAAAUUGCUUUCGAAGAGACGAUGAAGAUAUCAUUUCACAGAUUUCCUUGUGACUCUGCGAAAAGAGCGCAAUGGAUAGAAAUAUUAAAAUUGGACGGCAAAAAUAUCAGCAAAUCAAGCGUUCUCUGUUCUUUACAUUUUAAAGAAAAAUUUAUAGAUCGAACGUACUCGGACCAUAUAAUAUUGAGAGAAAAUGCCGUCCCCCACGUGUUUGAAAGUAUACCGUAUUUUGAAGUAAUGGAUACAAGUAUCAGCAAUGAAGAAGAGAGUUUAUCUUCAAACUCUAGCGAAAAUAUCAACUGCAGAAUCGUCCCGGAUUUAGUGUUAAAAAGAGCAUUAAACCCAAUUAGAUUUUUAAACGAUGAAAUAAAUGAACCCGACGAUGGACAGACGAUUAUUGAGGAAGAUACUCAACAAAUUUCUGUUAAGGAAGAACAAGUUUCUAUUAUAAAAGACGAGACCGAAUACGAUUUUGUAUUGGAAACCAGUGACGAAUAUGUUUCUGUUAUGGAAAGUAACAGCGGACAAAUUCCUAUUGCUCAAUCGACGUGUGAUAAAGAAACGAACACAUCUCCUCCCUCAUUAUUCGUUGAAACGCACGACAGAGCAACAAGAAUGUCACCAGAAAGAAUCUGGAAUUCUUCAAGUAGCCACGAAAUUAAGAAAAUAGCGAAUGAUAAAAUUACAAACCUGCGUACAGAAAUCCGAAGUUUGAAAGAAAUUCUCAGGCAAAAGAAUAAGAGACUUGCAAUCAUAACAAAUAUUAUCAAUACGUCAAACAAUCAGAAAUUGGCCAGAAGACAGGGUAGACUAGAGAGUAGAAAAUAGAACUCGAUGAUUCAGGCCCGGUUGCACCAAUGUCAUGUAACUUCAGCUUAAUUCACUUCUCGUCUCUUUCUAAACUACUGUUUCUCUUGGCAAGAGACAAAGCGUGAAUUAAGCUAAGGUUAAGCUAAAGUUAAGCGACGUUGGUGCAACCAGGCCUUAAUCGU